CUGACGGCGGAUACGAGUCUGACCUGCUGUAGUAGAUGCACAGAUGAAGAUGCUACAGUCGCUUCGGUUAUGUCUCCUGCUCUCUGCCUUAGUUUUCCGCCUGGGCACAGCGGCAGAGCCAGAGGUGUCAGUAUGGGACGUGGAGAUCAACUCGACCAAGGAGGCCGUGUUUCGAAAAACGCUGUAUGCCAACACCACCAUCUACAUGAAGUUCCAGGGUGACACAGCGUCAUGUGAUAGAAACCUGGCCUUCAACAUCAGCUGGUACCUGCGCUCCUCUGUGUGCUACAAUGAGGUCUUUAACACACCUGACAACAAAGCGAACAACAUGUUUGGUAUGGACCACAUGUUGAAGGACGGCUGGAGCGGCUUCUACAGUCAGGGCUACAUGUACUUUGACAACUGCUCAUCGCUCUUCUUACCCAGGACGUAUUAUGCAGACUACAACCCGUAUCAGCCGCUCACCAGCCCAAAGAGCGACCCAUCGAAUCAGAGCCUCAUUUGGCCCGAUAAGCCGGACAUCAGUGCAGUGGCCAAAGCCUGGGAGGACAGUCCGUAUCUGUUCAUAGUGAAGGUGCAGCAUUUGUUCCGCGGAGUUGAGGAUGACGAAUUCGGGGCAGAGCAGUUCAACUUUGCUUUCACAAUGAAAGUUGAGAUGAAGGGACCACAUGACUUCUCUUCUCCAGCAGACUGGCCCCUCAUGAUGUUCUUCAUGGUCAUGUGCAUUGUGUACGUGCUGUUCGGGGCUCUCUGGCUCUUCUGGUGCGCCUGCUAUUGGAGGGAUCUGCUGAGGAUCCAGUUCUGGAUCGGCGCUGUCAUCAUCCUCGGCAUGCUGGAGAAAGCUGUGUUUUACUCAGAGUACCAGAGCAUCCGUUACAAAGGAGACCACGUUCAGGGUGCUGUCAUUUUUGCUGAGCUGCUCUCUGCACUCAAACGAUCUCUGGCCCGAAUCCUUGUCCUCAUUGUCAGUCUUGGCUACGGCAUAGUCAAGCCCAGGUUGGGCACCACAGUACACCGGCUGGUCGCUGUCGGGCUUCUCUACCUGCUCUUCUCCUCUGUGGAAGGUGUGCUAAGAGUGACAGGUGGUUUCUAUGGGACAGUUGCCCUGGUGGCUAAUCUCAGCCUCUCCCUCAUUGACUCCUGUGUCAUGUGGUGGAUUUUCAUCAGUCUGUCUCAAACCACUCGUCUACUGAAGCUCCGCAGAAAUGUGGUGAAACUCUCUUUGUAUCAGCACUUUACGAACACGCUCAUCUUCUCCGUUGUUGCUUCCAUCAUAUUCAUCAUCUGGACCACCAAAGUCUUCAAGCUGGUGGACUGCCAGACGGGUUGGAGGGACUUGUGGGUUGACGAUGCCUUCUGGCGCCUCCUGUUCUCCACCAUACUGCUGGUGAUCAUGGUGCUGCUGCGGCCCUCUGCUAACAACCAGAGGUUCUCUCACUCUCCUCUGAUUGAUGAGGACGAUGAUGAGGAAGAGGCCAAGGAGCCAAUGCUGAAUGAAGCUUUUGAGGGAAUGAAGAUGAGAGGCUCGAAGCCUGACUCUAAUGGCUCCCAGAAACUGUUAAGUAAAGAGGAUGAAGACCUAAAAUGGGUCGAGGAGAACAUCCCUACAACUGUCGCUGAUGUAGCUCUCCCUGUGAUACUAGAUGAAGAAGAGGAAAUCCUCAAAACCAAGAUGGAGAGAUCCAAAAUGGAGUAGGAGCAAAUGCAAGAAGACGGUGUGAGAAUAGGAAGAAAGCAAUGUCACUGAGGCAGCAAUGAAUGCAUUCUGAGUGAUCUGAGUACCAAAAAAAUGUGGGCAAAGCCAACUUGUUCUCUCCAGACACUUUACAUUUUUUAUUUAAUUUCGCAGGUAUUGUAAGUUCAGUAAGGUGGAAGCACAAAUAAUGUGUUUGUAUCAAGGGAGUACUGUGCAGUCUGUAGCUGCAUGCUGGUAAUGUUGAGAUCAGCACUCUGGGAGGGGGUGAAACUGGAGCGAUUACACAGCAGAACACUUAUUUAUUUAUUUGUUUCAAAGAUAUUUGUGCAGUGUCGCAAACUUGGCCAAAAUGAAGCAGAAAGUGGGCAUUUAACAUAAAACCAUUGUGGUAUAUUGAAUAUUUAUCAAAAUUAUGCCUUUUAGUUUUAGACUAAUACAAUAUUUAAGAUUGGAGAGAAGUUUCUCUGCCCGCUUAACACUGCAAAAGCGACACAAGCACCCAAAUCUGUUGGACUGUGAGGACUGAUUUCAAAUCCAUUAAAGUACGAAUUAUGAUUAUUAUGUGGCGGUUGUUUCAGCCAAGAAAUUAGAUGAGUGUAUGAAUGAAGGGGAAAAUAAAUGCUCAAGUUAUUGUGCAUAAUAAGAUAAUAUUUAAGCCAACACAGCAUCAGACACUUGAACUUGAAAUUAUCUUCAGAGAUGUUCUUUGCCAUAACCUAAUGUAAAAAAAAAAUGCAGGUGUUUUUAUUGCAUUACAUAUUUAAUAGGUCACAUGAUGACGUACAUUUAAUAUUUAAAUAAGCAACUGUAUGGUAUGAUUAACCAUUUAGCCAGAGAAUUAAAAAAGUGAAGAUAAUUUCUCACAGCUGCACCAACAAAUGUUGAGUAUUAGUUUUAUUGUGAACACAUAACUAACACUUUGUUGUCUGGCUAACUGAGUUAUCCUAAAUAUAGAAUUAAAAAAGUUACUGUUACUCUAUGUAAACACAGCCGCAUCAGUGAAUAUUGAUACUUGAAGCAUAUCACAGUUGUCAGGGUGAAGUGUGCAACAUUUGUGUUUUGGGGAUUCUUGUGUUAACUGGAACACACUGUUUGUGAGCUGGGAGAAUGUAAUCGUGACCCUGUUGGUCAUGAGACUUGUUCAAAGCCAAGUGUAUACUACCAUAACCACACAGUGUCAUCAGAAGUGUUCACGCUCAAGCGUUACACGAGAUCACUUCUCUGAGAUAUCAUCUUAACACAGAACAGUUCAAACAACUGAAAAUAAGACUCUUGUAUUGCUGAUUUUGAAGCUUUUAGUAACGAUGAAAAGCUGCUCGGCCCUCAGCGAGGAGGGAGAAUGUUUGACUCUUAUUGUAAAAACAGGCCAGUUUUAAAGGGCCAGUGUGUAAAAUGGGUUGAAAACAGUGACAUCAGUGGUCAAAUUCUAGAUUGCAGGGCUCACUCACUCACCCCUCCCGUCGGGUAAAUGACGGUGGCCUCGUAGGGACAAAAAGCUUUGCGCACAAGUUUUUCAGGAGUAGGUCUAUCUAGCAACGAGUUGUAUGUUUAUUUAGAAAUCUAAGCCAUGUUACGAUAUUGUAAUGAAUCCCUCAUGAGCAGGAGACCAGAGGAACGUUCAGGAAAAAGGCCCGUUUAUUUGAGCACUCUGGUAACUCCGGUAACACUCCAGGGGGUAAAAGACUCCGUCCCAAACUCUGACUCUUCUAGCGUAACACACACACUUCAUAACUUCACACACACUCCUUUACCAUACAGAGUGGGGUCCCCCAUCCCCUCUCUGCUCAAUCUCCAGCCCGCACACUGACUGACAGCGUAGCCGGUAAACAGAGCUCAGCUGUUUAUUUAGCCUAGCGAUAUCUCCGGACUAUAGUAGCUGCAAUGGACGACUUUGAACGCGAUUUUGAAGAGUUUCUUGUAGCGGACACAGACCCAGAGCCAUACCUGUUUGAGCUGGAGCAUACAGAUGAGGAACUCCAUGUGUUUGAUGCUGAGCGGGCGAGAAGAGAGGCUGAAUGCACAGAAUGGGAUUCGGUGCUACUGCUGCCAUCGUUGGGGAGAUAUAUCAUCAGGAGGAAAAGCGCCGCAGAGAGUGCAUCACAAGGAGUGAAGUUGUGUCUUCUUUUCCUCGCAGAUGACGGUUCGGGUUCAUUCUCUCCUGUUGCGUAGUAAGUGUGGUCCAUUUCCAGACUUUAUAACUAAAAAACUUUUCACUACUCUCUCUUGACGAACUACUAACACUCUCUGCUGUUUCCUCCUCCUCCUUCUUCCUUCCUUCCACUGUCUUCGUUGGUUCAUUUAUACACGCAAAAUGCGUUCUCUGGCUGGCUGGAUUGUCCACUCGGUCUGCCGUACAUACAUGGCGGCGCAAGAUGGCGACCUCUCUAAAGCAAGGCCCUUGCUAUAUAUAUAUAUA